AUGGUACUGGCACAGCUGAUCCGCAGUGUCAUUGACCCCGAGGGCAAACUCGAUGCCAAACCGGCAGAGUCGCCCUCAUCAACAUCAACGCCUUCACCAUCCCCCUCAUCGUCUUCAUCAGCAUCUCCAUCCCAGACCGCGAAACCACAGGCCCAGCAACCUCUGCGCUCGUAUCGAGAGGACACGUACACACCAGGACAAAGACACUUUCGCCAACUAUCCCUCCUCGUUCUGGGGUCCGCCUUCCUCUCCACCUCCAUCUUCAUCUCCCGGCGCUCCGUGGUGCGCCUCCAAAAGUCGUCCUUCCCGCACUUCUUCCUCUCCAACCGGACGCCGGCGUCGCGUCUGCCGUCGGACGACAAGUACCCCAUCGCCGGGCGCGCGCUGGGCCUGGCGACGCUCAACGUCACGAGCUUUGGCGUCCUGCUUGUCGGCGGCAUCAGCUGGGCGUUUGACCUGUGCAGCGUCACGGAGCUGAGGAACAGGACGCAGAUGAGGCUGCAGAAGGGCAGGCAAGUGGCCAGGGCCGGUAUGGCGGAGGAGGAGAAGAUGGUCGAGGACAAGGUGGAGGAGGAGAUGGAGAAGCUGCUUGGGCAGUGGUACGACAAGUUUGGGAUCCAGAGGCCAGGCGCCGAGGAUGGCAAGACGGCAGACGAGGAGAAGAAGGAUGCCUAG